GCUGAUGGUAUACUGGCUGCCAUGUUGAGAAAAACUUCACUUCCCAUCAGUUAUUUGGCAAUGCGUCAUUGCUACGAUUUACGUUGUGUGUGCGCCAUCAUUGGUGGCUCGGUUGACACUACGAAGCAGCGGUAAAGGACGUAUCGAAAGCAGCAAGAUGACUGAUUGGGCUGGAUAUGGGUAUGCAGCCCUCAUUGCAUCCGGGGGAGCGAUGGGCUAUGUCAAAGCAGGCAGUGUCCCCUCUUUGGCAGCAGGUCUUCUAUUUGGGGGCCUAGCUGGGGUUGGUGCCUACCAGAUAUCACAAGAUCCCAAAAAUAUUUGGGUGUCACUAGUCACAUCAGGAGCCCUGGCAGGUGUGAUGGGAAAGAGAUUCUACGGCUCCAGGAAGAUUAUGCCUGCUGGAAUGAUGGCAGCAGCAAGUAUCCUUAUGGUGGGAAAGCUCAGUGUUGGAAUGCUGCUGCAGAAGCCCCAGGAGUCAUAAUACACUGAUAUGAACACUUUCAGACACUGAUGUAAAAAUCAUUAUCCUCUUUCUUUUCCAUUGUCUUGUAUUAUUCAGGCACAACCGGUCAUCAGUCAUAUGUGGGUGUUAUUUUGUAAAAAUGUAUAAUUGAACACGGAUUUGAUCUUGUUUAUAAAAUUACAAGGAUGGCA